AUGUCGUACCGCCCCUCAAACAACCAGAUUGUUGAGUGGCAUAUGCAACAGCUGCGGAAUUGGAUGAUACCAACCUCGAUGCCAAUGUCCGGCCCACCUACUUCGCAGCCUGCCUUGACGUCCGCCGACCAGCCUGUUCAACCACUGUCCUAUGUUGCUAGCAAUCCACAGUUCGACUACUACAACUACGAGGCCACCAGAUUCAACUCGGUAGUUCACCCGCCCAUGAACCUGACUCGGGCUCAUACCUUCGCUGACUAUAGCGACUUCGACUACACUCCCAUGACCCCGGCAUCGGCCACGGGUGUCGAAGACAUGUCCGUCUUCGACGAAUACGAGGUUGCCUCCUGCUAUUCGGAAACGCCCUCUUCCUUCGUCUCCAGUGAUAUCACCGACCGUUCGGGCUACGACAGUGUUUUCUCUGCAAGCACCACUCGGCAUACACCGUCAGUUACCUCGCAGCCGGCCCCCCAGUUGAUGCAACAGCAGCCUUCCUCCGAGGUCGACGCCCUUAUGCGAGCCAUCCAACCUACCUCAACCUCUCCUCCAGCCUCCGCCCCGAUGGAUACCCUCUCGCCACCUUCCGCCCCAACUCCAGCGCUUGCUACUCCUCUUACGCCUACAUCUAUCGCCAAUGCGAGCGGCGGUAAGCCUAAAAAGCACAUCUGUCCCUAUACAUCCUGCCUGAAAUCCUUCUCCCAGCCAACUCACCUCAAGAUACACCUCCGUUCACAUACUGGCGAGAAGCCUUACACCUGCUCCAUUUCGAGCUGUCGGCAGACUUUCAGUCAGCUCGGCAACCUUCGCACCCAUGAGCGGCGCCACAUUGGACAGCGCCCGAACCGCAAGCGCUCCUCCUCAGAUCCUGGCUCGCGGGGCAAACGGUACGAGUGCAUUCUUGAUAACUGCCGUGUGCGGAGCCACGACGCCGCUAGCGGACGAGAGAUGAUUCAGGGCAAGGUAUUUACGCAGCUGGGCAAUUUGAAGGCGCACAUGAACAAGUUCCACAAAGAGACGCUGGCACGGCUGAGCGACCAGUUUGCCGAACACGAGGAAGGGGACACGGAGUUGAAGGCAUACUUCUCCGGCCUGUUCAAGAACAGCAACAAAGGCAUUAAAGGCCGUGGCAAAGGCCGAAAGGUCGAGGUUGUUGUAGGAAGGCCAGCAUUCGACACAGGCAGCGGCAUAUCUUGA